AUGCGGAUCGCCGUCGAGCAGCAGCAGCAGCCACAGCAGCCCGCGCCAUUUGUCGCCGUGGAAGAGCCGCGCUUCUGCGCGCUGUGCGAGGUGUCCUUCGCCACCCCGGCCCAGAGUCGCGCUCAUUUCGCCAGCGAGGACCACGAGACGGCCAUGUUAACGUCCGGUCCACGACGAUGGGCCACCGGGCCGGGCCCAUCUUUAUCCGUGAAUCUCGGCAUCGCCGAGCCGGUCAACGCUGCGCCAAGGUACCCGGCCCUCGAGACGAAAAAUCGCUCAACGGCUCCGCUGCACAGAUAUAAA